AUGACCUCGUCUGAAGUACACCGUUUGGAACAUGGGGCGUCGCGAAAAGUCCAUGAUUUCAAUGGAAUCGAUGAAGAGGGGUGUAUAGUUGUCUCAGACAAAUCCAAGAACAGCAAGUGCGGGCGCAUUGGCUGCAGCAAACCCACCUCGUAUACCAGAGGUCCGAUACAACCAAGCACAUGUGCCGUUGAUGAAUUCCGGCAAGAGGUGUCCAGUGGCCCUAAACUCCCAGGACAUCAAAUUGUCUGGCAUUUGCGUACAGUCAUUUUUUGGGCGAGAUGGCCCAAGUGGUUAGAGCGCGAAUUUACUGACCGGAAGGUCCGUGGUUUGAACCCGACCUCUGCCUCUCGACUUCCCCUGCCUAGGCUUGGGUAA